GAGUGUUACUCAAUCAAAAAACCAUAUUUAAAAGCAUCACUCUGUGCGGGCUACACUGCUAAAAGAUAAAAAGCCAGAUAAUAGCUGCUUUUUCCAGGAAACCGGGUUCGUUUAAUUGUUUAAUCGUUGAAAGUAUCAAACCCCAGAAUAUUUUGAUUCAAUGCCACUCAUUAUCUGCUGAUAAACGCAAUGGGCAACGCAGCACAAUAUAAUAAAUAAAUAAAUAGUAACUAUGAUUCAUGCAGAGUAAGUUUAGGUAAAUAAAUUACCAUAAAAUCGAGUUGGACACACCACAAAGGUAAAUGUUGUGACUGUUCAGAACGGUAAGAAAACAAAAAUGGGGCCUCGUUGGAAACUUGUCUUGUUAAUUUUGAGGUUGCCAUUAGCUCUGGCAUUGAAACAAAAUAAAACAACGCCACACAAGUCCACUCCAUUGGCAGUUGAAACGGAAAAAUACUACAUUAAAUCAUCAGAGUGUCGCAUUUGGAAUGCCCAACAAAUGUCCAAUGAUACCAUAGCUGAUAUAACCAAUGUCGACUAUAGAGAAUGCUAUCAAGAUGAUGAUUUAAUAAGCACAAGCUUCCACGACAAAUAUCAGCGUUAUAUUAUUCACAUCAACGAUCUGAUCUCCCAGCUUAUCAUCGAUUACAAUUGCAGUUAUCGUGAGAUCCAAAGGGGCAACAAUAUCGAACCUGAAGAAGUGCCCUUUCAGGAUGGUUAUGUGGUGCCGCCGGAGGUGGAGGGCAUGAUAGCAAGUUGCAGCGAUAGCCUCAGGGAAGUGCUCCAAACAACAGCCUUGGCCUUUGUGCAGCCGCGCAGUUCAGCCCGCAAGCAGCCGAAAUCUCAAAAAUCUCAACGCCGUAGACCCAAUGUCAUCAUGAUUAACAUUGGCAGCAUUUCCCGGCUGAAUUUUCGGAAAAAUCUACCAGAAUUGAGCAAACAUCUGCAAAUGGAGGGCUGGCACGAGAUGCAGGGCUACGGCAGAGUGGCCCAAGGUCUCAUACCCAAUCUGAUGGCCAUUCUUUCGGGCUACAGUCCACACACGUGGCAGAACUUGGAAUGCCAAGCGAAGAGAUUUGGCUGCUUAAAGUCGCUACCUUUGAUCUGGAAUCACUUCAAGCGGCGUGGCUAUCUGACUGCCUAUGGAGAGGACAUGAGCUACCAGAGUUCUUUUAAAUACGAAAAGUCCAGCCUCGACUACUAUGCCAAAGGAAUCGCCACUGAAAUGCCCAACGAUUGCACUGGCAGACUGGUGAAUCUUCGCUAUGUCCACGAAUUCUGGCAGCUCUAUUUGGAGCGGCAUUUGACCAUGAAAUCUCAGCCACUGUUUGGAUAUUUUCGAACAAAUAGCUCGAGCUAUGAUCUAUUUGCGGAUGGCAACAUUCUGGAGCCAUUUCUUAUGGAUUAUUUGCAGCGCUUUAUUGAGCUGGGACUCUUCAAGCACUCGAUUGUGAUGCUUUUCAGCGAUGGAGUAGACAUUGAAGACCUUCUGCCCCUGCUGUUCAUUUGGCUGCCUCCUUGGUUUCGCGUGGAGCAUCCGGAAGCGGUGCAGGCCUUAAACACAAAUAGCCAACGUCUGACAUCCCCCUAUGACCUGCAUCUGACUCUCCAGCACAUCUUGGAGCUAGGCGAACGAUGGCCCCACGCUGUGCCGAAGCUGCAAGACUGUCCCAAGUGCCAGACGCUGCUGGCGCCCAUGAACGAGAGCCGCAGCUGCCCGGAUGUGGGCAUAAGUGAUGCUACAUGCCCCUGCGACAGCUACAAGCCAAUCGAUGAAAGGAAAAAUAAACAUUUGUCGCUAGGUGCGCUGCUUGUGCGGGGCAUAAAUGACUUUUUGCACCAUAGAAACCUCCAAGAGCUCUGCUACAAUCUCACACUCAAGGCCGUCACAGCCGUCUCCGCUCGUGUGACAGAGCAGCAGGAUUCCAAAUCCUACACGGACACCUAUCGAGUGACAUUCAGCGCACAACCCAGUCAUCCAGUGUUCGCCGGAACCCUGCGAUAUAACCAUAAACUGAACGAAUUGGACUGUCCGAAUGUGGGUGCCAUUCGGAGACUGAAUUCCUAUCGAAAGGAUUCCGAAUGCAUGCAAAAACUGACAGGCAAGAAGUUCUGUGUGUGCAGAAAACCCCUCAAAGGUAACAAAUUAAAGGCCCAACUGGAAAAGCACAGCAUCAAGAAAAAGGCAGAAACGGAAAAACUGAAACUAAAGCAAGCCAAGCUAACGAAAAAUAAUAGAUAUCGAGGAAAAAUAAACCGGAGAGCAGCAAAACAACGCAGCAGAAAAAAUCAUCUAAAAAUCAUCAUUAAAACAAAAACUAAAGAAAAGCUACAGAAAAAAGGAAAAUGAAAUAGAUUUACCAGA